CGCAUAAACAUAUUUCCAUAUUGUCUCCAGACUCUCUCUCUCUCUCUCUCUCUCUCUCUCUCGCACACGGUUUUUGAGAAUUCAACAAACACAAAGCCCUUAAUUCGCUCUCAAUUCAAAUUAUCUGAAUCCAUUAAUCCAAUCCCAAAACCUUAAGCAAAGAGUGAAGAAGCCAGCAAUACGACGCCGUUAGAGAUGAUCGUGAGCCAGAAUAUGAUGACGGAGGCCGAGAUUAUCUGCAAGCAGAGCCUUCCGAUGCUGGACGUGAAGUACCAUCUGUGCGUGGCCACCACUACCCAAGACCACAACCUUCCCGUAGACGUGGCGCCAUCCCAUUCGUCGCCGAUCUUUCACGAGCCUCGCGUCUCGGAACCGGUCUCCGACGAUUUCCCUCGCUCCGAUUCGGUUGUGGGUUGCUUGGAUGCCGUUAAAGAUGCCACUAUAGAGUCUUCUGCUGCAAAGUUUGCACCAAAUAUUCGUUCUGGUAGCUAUGCUGACAUUGGACCACGGGAAACCAUGGAUGAUGAACACAUUCAAAUCGAUGACCUAUCGGCCCACAUGGGUUCCUUCUUGGGGUGUUCCAUGCCAAGUGCUUUUUAUGCAGUAUUUGAUGGUCAUAGAGGGCCUGAUGCAGCUGCUUAUAUCAAGAGAAAUGCAAUGAAAUUAUUUUUUGAGGAUGCUGAUUUGCCACAUACAUCUGAUGUUGAUGCUAUCUUUCUGAAAGAGUUGGAGAAUUCUCAUCGAAAAUCAUUUUUACGGGCAGACCGUGCCUUAGCUGAUGAACACAGUGUCAGCAGUUCCUGUGGAACAACAGCACUAACUGCAUUAGUACUUGGAAGUAAUUUACUGGUUGCAAAUGUCGGUGAUUGUCGAGCAGUACUCUGCCGGAAAGGAGAAGCAUUUGAGAUGUCUCAGGAUCAUAAGCCUUCUUAUUUACCAGAACAGAGGCGAGUUGUAGAGUUAGGUGGUAUUAUUAAUGAUGGGUAUCUCAAUGAUCUCAGUGUCACCCGAGCCCUUGGAGACUGGGACUUGAAGUCACCACUUGGUUCUGCGUCACCUCUCAUUGCUGAGCCAGAUUUUCAACAGGUCCUGUUAACCGAGGAAGAUGAAUUCCUGAUUAUUGGUUGUGAUGGGAUCUGGGAUGUGAUGUCUAGCCAGUUUGCUGUCAGCUUUGUCCGCCGAGGGUUGAGGAGGCAUGAUGAUCCACAGCAGUGUGCCAGGGAACUAGUCGCAGAAGCCUUACGCCUAAAUACAUCUGAUAAUGUCACUGUGAUUGUUAUCUGCUUCUCUUCCCCUAAUCGUGAUCGUGUUGAGUCAUGUACUCAGAGGCGAAGGUGGAGGUGUAGUCUAUCUGACGAGGCCCGACGCAGACUGCAAAGCUUGCUUGAAGGCAACUGAAUGUCAGAAAUCAUUUUAUUUACUGAUAGUUCUAACGAGAAAGGAUUUUUAUCUGUUUUUGGCCGUUUCAGAUAGUUUAGAAAAAUCGGCCAGCAGUUUUGUAGGGGUUUAGAAGAGAAUUUAGGUUAACCUCUCCAUUGGAAGCCAUGUUUGCUGUGGCUACCAUAUUUGAUGUGAUAUGCAUUCACUAUUACCUUGGUAUUUAGGAGAUUCUGUAAAACAACAUUCCUUUGCCUCCU